GACGUGACGCCCCAGAAUCCUCCACUACGGAAAGCUCGAGAUUCAAUAUGGCUGCCUACAUGAAAAUGUGGGCUGCUUGGAGGCAAAGCAGCAAAAUUGAGAUAGUUUGUCAGAGAAGUAAAACUCCGACUAUAUGUAGGAAUUCCACACUUGUUAGACCUUGUAGAAGCUGUCCAUUAGCGGCUCAGCGCAUGUACUCAACAAAUGGCUUUUUUGUGAGCAGCGCUAGGUCUGGGUUUGCUUCAACGGCUUGGGCUGCGAGGUCAGCGCAUCUGAGACCGUGGACUAGGGUCGCUGGUGCUUUUAGCGGGGUUUGGAACGCUGUGAGUAAUCGGGAUGCGGUCAUCUACACCCAGACAAGGAGCCUUUUCGGUACCCGGGGAAGCAGUUUCUCUGGGGACGACGGGGCAGAGAGCAGCGACUCCGGAGUCGGAGAUGAGUCUGGGGACGGGGGCGAUGGAGGUGCCGCGUACAGCCCCCCGCAGAUGACAGCCCUGACACCCAUGCUGGUACCAGAAGUUUUCCCAAACGUGCCGCUGAUCGCCGUCAGCAGGAACCCGGUCUUCCCCCGGUUCAUCAAAAUAAUCGAGAUAAAAAAUAAACAGCUGGUGGACCUUUUGAGGAGAAAGGUCAGCCUAGCCCAGCCAUACGCGGGAGUGUUCCUCAAGAAGGACGACGGCAACGAGUCGGAUGUGGUGGAGAAUCUGGAUGCUGUUUACAGCACUGGGACCUUUGUGCAGAUUCAUGAGAUGCAGGAUUUGGGCGACAAGCUGCGUAUGAUUGUCAUGGGACACCGGAGGAUUCGGAUCACCAGGCAUCUGGAUGUUGAAACGGAAGGACAGGAAAGCAAGGAAACUCCCAAGACUCCAGGCCGCAAGCGCAGGGCCACCCGUAAGGAGGGCAACGCGCUGGGGGAGACCAUGGAGGAGCGCGUGCAGAAGGCGGAUCUCACGGUUGAGCCGGUCACGAUGCCUCCCGCCUCCUUGGAGGUACUCAUGGUGGAGGUGGAGAAUGUGGUUCACGAGGACUUCCAGGUCACGGAGGAGGUGAAGGCCCUGACUGCAGAAAUAGUCAAGACCAUCCGUGAUAUCAUUGCUCUUAAUCCACUCUACAGAGAGUCUGUUCUCCAGAUGAUGCAGGCAGGCCAGAGGGUGGUGGACAACCCGAUCUACCUGAGUGACAUGGGCGCCGCUCUUACCGGAGCGGAGUCACACGAGCUGCAAGAUGUCCUGGAGGAGACCAAUAUUCCCAAGCGUCUGUACAAAGCCCUCUCCUUACUGAAGAAAGAGUUCGAGCUCAGCAAACUGCAGCAGCGUCUUGGAAGAGAGGUGGAGGAGAAGAUCAAGCAGACCCACAGGAAGUACCUCCUCCAGGAGCAGCUGAAGAUCAUCAAGAAGGAGCUGGGGCUUGAGAAGGAGGACAAGGAUGCCAUCGAGGAGAAGUUCCGGGAACGUCUGAAGGACCUUACAGUCCCACAGCACGUGAUGGACGUCAUCGAUGAGGAGCUCAACAAGCUCAGCCUGCUGGACAACCACUCCUCUGAAUUCAAUGUGACCCGAAACUACCUGGACUGGCUGACCUCAAUGCCCUGGGGCAAGAACGGCGAGGAGAAUCUUCAGCUGAACCGGGCCAAGGAGGUGCUGGAGGAGGAUCAUUAUGGGAUGGAUGAUGUCAAGAAGAGAAUACUGGAGUUCAUUGCAGUGAGUCAGUUGCGAAGCUCCACUCAGGGCAAGAUACUGUGUUUCUACGGCCCCCCUGGCGUGGGCAAAACCAGCAUCGCCCGCUCCAUUGCCCGCGCACUCAACCGCCAGUAUUUCCGCUUCAGUGUGGGCGGGAUGACGGACGUGGCUGAGAUUAAGGGCCACAGGCGGACGUACGUGGGGGCCAUGCCAGGCAAGAUCAUUCAGUGUCUGAAGAAGACGAAGAGUGAGAAUCCCUUGGUUCUGAUUGAUGAGGUUGACAAGAUUGGCAGAGGUUACCAGGGCGACCCAUCCUCGGCUCUGCUGGAGCUUCUGGACCCAGAGCAGAACUCUAACUUCCUGGAUCACUACCUGGAUGUGCCGGUCGACCUGUCCAAGGUGCUGUUCAUCUGCACAGCUAACGUGCUGGACACCAUUCCAGAGCCACUGAGGGACCGAAUGGAGAUGAUCAACGUGUCCGGAUACGUGGCCCAGGAGAAACUGGCCAUUGCUGAGCGGUACCUGGUCCCCCAGCUGCGGGCUCUGUGUGGGCUGGACGAGCAGAAGGCCACCAUCUCCUCAGAGGCCCUGAGUGCCCUCAUCAGGCAGUACUGCAGGGAGAGCGGAGUCCGGAACCUGCAGAAGCAGGUGGAGAAGGUGUUCCGGAAGGUGGCAUUCCGCAUCGUGAGCGAGGAGGAGAGCUCCGUGCAGGUCACGGCAGACAAUCUGCAGGAUUACGUGGGGAAGCCCAUUUUCACCGUGGACAGGAUGUACGACACCACCCCCCCGGGAGUGGUCAUGGGGCUGGCAUGGACGGCCAUGGGAGGGUCCACGCUAUUCAUUGAGACGUCACUACGGCGACCAAGGGAGGCACCGAGUAAGGAGGGACCUCGCGAAGGAUCGCUGGAGGUGACGGGCCAGCUGGGCGACGUGAUGAAGGAGAGUGCCAGGAUCGCCCACACCUUUGCCCGAGCCUUCCUCAUGCGGGAGCAACCCCACAACGACUUUCUGGUGACCUCGCACCUCCACCUGCACGUGCCGGAGGGGGCCACGCCCAAGGACGGGCCGAGUGCCGGCUGCACCAUCGUCACGGCCCUGCUGUCGCUGGCCACUGACACCCCUGCCCGCCAGAAUGUGGCCAUGACCGGCGAGGUGUCCCUGACGGGCAAGAUCCUGCCCGUGGGCGGCAUCAAGGAAAAGACCAUCGCUGCCAAGCGUGCUGGUGUCACCUGCAUCAUCCUGCCUGUGGAGAACAGAAAGGAUUACUCAGACCUGCCUGACUACAUCACUGAGGGCCUGGAGGUGCACUUUGUGGAGCACUACAGGCAGAUCUACGACAUCGUUUUCCCCAGGCAGUGACAUGCCUCCCCAUCCUGGAGGCUGUUCGCACACCUCUGGACCACCGGUCCUGACUCGAGUCCCAAAGACUCAAACUGAGGCAGUAAGCCCAAGCUAGUCAGCUCUUUAGGUCAUGGGCCUGCAGAGGUCUGGCCUGUGAAGUGCUUCUGUGAACCGACAGUGAGCGUGGGCUUCGUUUUCUGUGUGGUCGGGAUGACCGCCAAUCAAAGCAGACCAUGGGAGGGGGCGGAGCCAAAGGCCAUCUGUUGACUCACCCUCCCCUCCUGCCUUCCGUACAGUCGCUGUUAUGAUUCCCAUUAUAAUUUAUAUGUAUGUGCAAAGUGGCACUUUUACACAAUGUAUUCUGUUAAGACAGAAAUAAAUAUGAAUCUUUA